AUGGCUGGAAACGACGAAGGAUUCCGUCGCGUGCCAUUUUACGACCAAAUGGGUACGACCAACAAAGUUAUUUUUGACAACAGUGCUGACAAAGUUCCGUACCGACAGAAGACAACAGAAAACUUCUCAAACGUACCACUGAUAACUCAGAGGACGGCUGUUAAUGAUGGGGGCUUGCAUAGCACACCUUUUUAUAAUACAAUGGCUUCGACUACCAAAGGUAUAGGAGAGUCACACACGAGUUCUGACAACAAUGCUGAGAAGGUUGCGUCUCGACUUUGUCCUGCGUUUUGCUGCCAUCUUAACAUUUCCUGCGUUUACAAUGCCUACCACGAUGCGGACUGCGCAUGCGCGAACGUUUCUUCAUCCGAUGACGACACCUGUCGGAUUACCCAGAGUGCACCGCGCAAGAGAAAGAACUCCGAGUGGGAACGAGUCAUGCACAUGCGCACACCCGUCCUUGGUGUUUGUAUCAGCUCCCAAACACCCAAUACCAACAAUACUGAGUACAAGCUUCACUGCCACAUAGAAGAUAUUGACGACUUUACGUACUCUAUCAGUGGCACGUAUAACGGCUCCGCACGGUACCCUGGGUACAAGCCCUGCCUGGUGUUCGUUCACGUGAACGCCUCGUACCCAGAGUUAGAGCCGCGGCUGGACAAGGCCAUGGGUUAUAUCGGGGUCAUUGCCCUCGGCCUGUUCGCAGGGUUCAUCUGUGUGCUGGCCAGGCAGCGGGAUGGCGAUAAAUGA